GUUCGAAUUUCAGAUUCAUUUAGUUAAGUUUAAAAGAAUUUUAUUUCUUUGAUACAAAAUAAUUUUGCGUUCCUUUGAAGAUGUUUAAAUUUAAGGAAAAUCCCAUAAAUAAUUGGGGUUAUACUCCAAAAAUGAAUUACCACAUUGUUUUGAUGAAUUCUUCAAGACAUUAGAGCUUUUGUUCUUGUGGCAAGGAAGCAGGAAAAUGUACCAUUCAAGAAGGCAAUCAGUCACUUUUACGGCUAUGCCACCUGGAGUUCUAGUCAAUGAUAGUCGUGCGAAUUCAAAUGAUGACAUUCAAAUAGCACUUGCACCGCAUAUACAGUCCUAUUUGACUCAAACAGGACGAAGGCAUUCAUGUUGCAGUGUUAUGCUACCAGUUGCAUUUGAAAGGGCUGCAGCAAAGUCUUGGAUGGAUCCGAAAUUUGAUUCUCCUGUUUUGGAGGGACAGUUUUUGACGAGUCUUUUUCCACACAUACGAAUGCGUUAUCGAUUUACGCUUUUAUAUAUUUUAAUUUGCUCGCUGGCAUGGUUCCUAUACUUUAUGAUCGGCAGUGGUUCGAAUGGCUAUUGGCGGGAAAUCGCAAGUUCCUUCUCGAUUCUAUCGAUAUUAACAAUUUUAGGACUAUGUUUCACCUAUAGUGACAUGUAUCGAGCUCAUUCGAAUCUGACAUCAGCUUUAACAGCCAUCAUUCUUUGUACGGCAUCAUUAGGUUUUCUAAGUUUCACCAGCAACGCAUUUAGUCCUUUGGGACAUUUCGCCAUUUGCUUAGAAAUCAUUCUUCUCAUUUACACGGCAGUGCCAAUGACGCUAUGGUUAAGUGCAGUCAUUGCUGUCACCUAUUCAAUACUCUUCGAGACGCUUAGUCAAUUGGUGGCGGGGAAUGCGGCAGUGCAUGGGACAUACAGUGAACAUUGCUAUAAGGUGCUGAUUUUGCGGAUACUUUUGCAAUUCAGCGUGCAUUUGGUGGGAGUGCAUGUGCUGGUGAUGAAUGUGGUUCGAAUGCGUGGUACGUUCAUGAAAAUUGGACAGAAUCUCUUGGUAAGGAGGCAGCUGGAAAUGGAGAAACAGCUCAAGGAGAAAAUGAUACACUCUGUGAUGCCGCCAAAAGUUGCUGAUAUGUUGUUGAAUGAGGGCGGAAUGGAACCUCCCGACAUUAUGAGCCCGAAAUACUUUAGGAUGAGGUCGUCAAACGAUGUCAAGUCUUUGUUUCGGCCAUUCCACAUGCACAGCAUGGAAAAUGUGAGCAUUUUGUUUGCUGACAUCGUGGGAUUCACAAAAAUGUCAUCCACAAAAAAUGCUGAACAACUGGUAGAGAUACUAAAUGAUCUCUUCGAGAGGUUCGACGAUCUCUGCACUUUGAAUGGGUGUGAGAAGAUAUCGACACUUGGCGACUGCUACUACUGCGUCUCAGGGUGUCCUGAACCAAGGCCAGAUCAUGCAAUUUGUUGUGUGGAAAUGGGUCUGGGGAUGAUCGAUGCCAUGCGAUGCUUCGAUGCUCAGCGGCACGAGGGAGUUAAGAUGAGAGUUGGCGUUCACACUGGCACCGUUUUGUGUGGCAUUGUUGGAACUCGCAGGGUGAAGUUUGACGUCUGGAGCAACGAUGUUACCUUAGCUAAUAAAAUGGAGUCCUCCGGGAAACCUGAACAAGUUCACAUAUCUGAGGCGACACUAAACUUUUUAGGGGAUGCCUAUUUCGUUGAGGAAGGCGAGGAAGUCAUGGGCCAACGAACAUACUUUGUAGUUGGACGGCAAAAGGAGAUCUCUCGAAAUAAUAGUUUAAGUCCCAGUGUUCGAAAUGAUUCAAACUAUUUGUUGGCAUACCACAACGAACACUCUUUAUCACAGAGUGCAACAAACGUGUCUGUCAUCCAUCCCAACGUUCCGCCAGCCUCACCAGUUGGUCAAACAUCGAGUUCCCUUAAUCCAUCACCUUUGCUCUCGAUACGACCGCGCCUCGCAUCGCUCACAAUGAAAAUACGCAAGAAAUCGAAUGGUCACCAAACACACAACGAUGUGAACGAGAAGAACACAAACAUUAAUCCAUCAGCUCAAGCAAAUCCUACAAUAAUUAUAACCACCAAAUCCCUACCAGGAAGCCUGGAUUCGGACCAAGAUGAUGAAGGUUGUUGCAAAGGCUCAUCAAACACGGGGUCGACAUUGAAGCCACACACCAGUAAUUCGGAAGAAGAAAACAAAACUAAAGCAAGACUGAAAAACUGGCGAGUUCCUCGAUUCCUUAAGAAGUCCGAUCCAUCGACGGGACUGUUGAAUUCUACUCCAUCUCGACCACCGGAAGAAGUGAGUAUAUGCCUUGAACAAAACGGCUAUCAACAGAUUCCACUGCUAAUCGAGACCACGAAGCCCACCUGCACGCUAGACAUUCCACAAAGACCAGGCCAUACAACCUCCGCAUCGAUGAUAAAAUCGCCAGACGGUAGUUGCUGUUCCCCAGGGCAGCUUUCCUUGUUCGACGAAAUCAUUGACAUCCGAUCGUAUAUCUCACAAUCACGGAGUGAUAUUUCACCGUUCGGUCGAUCCGGCAGUUAUCGAUCGCAAUGUGGCAGAUCGGGGUUGUCUGGUCAGUCGUGUCAAUGGGAUGGCUCGCCUGAAGGUAGACCGCGUGCGUCCACUUUAGCAGCAGCGAAACAUGCACUAAAACAUCAGCCACCUCCGUUACCACCGUGUCAGAAUCAAUUGCAGGCGUGUGACAUUUUGAGUAUAUGUCCCUCGGCGACAAGCCGCAAGGACUCUGGGAUCAAGAGCAACAGUCGGAGGUCGAGCAUACAGCAACAGAUAUAUGCCCUUAAUCAGACGGCAUCAAUCUCGCAACAUCGGGUUUCUGGGUACUUUACCAGUUCCACAUCGAGCAUCUCGAAUAUAGGUGAUCUGCAGAUCCAAAUUCCUGUCCACAUUCCACCUCCUCCUCCCACACAUCCACAACAACAUGUGGCCGACCCGUUGGCGGCAUGUCUGCAACAACUGAGGAAACAAUCCGAUCUCCAAUUGAUACGCUGUGUCCGAGAUAACGCUAAAUCGCAGCGGAGUUACUUAGUGAAACCUCCGCUCAGACGAUUCAGCUUGUUCUUUAAAUCGCGUCAAAUGGAGAGAGAAUUCCGCUCAAAAGCUCACCGAUUUGGCAACGAAAACGAAACCGAAGGCCCACCCACCCUUGCCACGCCCCGCUACAACACCUACAUCGACAUCUUCGUUGGCAUUGCGGUAUACUUUUGUAUCGCAGCGUCACUGUUUCUGAUGGCGCCCUCUACCGUCUCGUACUUUCACAUCUGGGUCGUUAUCUUCUCCAUUUUCACGGGCAUACAAUUCUUCGCUUUGUUUUUAUUCACGCGACAAAUGUGUCGAAGAAAUAACGGCAAAGACAAAACGACGCAGAAGGAAUCGUGCGCUGAUCGUAUAUUCGAAGCCAUUUCAAGCUGGUACCCGUGGCACACGUGUCUGGCUGUUUUGAUGUCGAUGCCAGCGGUCUUGAUCGUCAUACAUUUCCUCCUACUUGACCUGAAUUUGCUGCAAGCCUUCGAAUACCACUACGGUUUCUUGAUAUUCGUUUGCAUUGUGCAUUUCUGCAACUUUACGCAGCUGAAUUGCUGGAUGCGAAAUAUUUUGGCAUUCUUGGCUGCCAUGUGUUUCGUAGGCAUUGCGGUUAGUCAGCUUACAUCCUACGUCAACCGCGGUGACAGUGUCAACUCCACUGAGCCAUCCAUAUUUCCAAAUAAGCACAUCAUCAUUUCGGAGGAAGUCAAGUGGUUCCAGGACUACCACGUGGAAAUCUACCUUGAUCUUCUAUUAAUCCUAAUUCUGGUAUGGUUGCUGAAUCGGGAAUUUGAGAUCGGUUACCGAUUGACUUUCUACGGCAAUGCCGUUGCCAAUCAAGAUAAAAUCCGGGUGCAGAAUAUGAAAAAUCAGGCUGACAUGUUGCUGCACAACAUCAUUCCGAAACAUGUGGCCGAACACCUCAAAAACACGGCCAAAUACUCAGAGAACCAUCGAAACGUUGCGAUAAUCUUCGCAAGCAUUGUUAAUUUCAACGAAAUGUACGACGAAAGCUACUUAGGUGGCAAGGAAUACCUGCGAGUACUUAACGAACUAAUAGGCGAUUUUGACGAACAACUAUCGAAACCGGAAUUCCGGUGUGUUGAGAAAAUCAAAACCAUCGGCAGUACAUUUAUGGCAGCUAGUGGAUUGGAUCCGCUUAAUCGAGGCGAUAACAAUCAUCACAUUCACGCACUUAUGGAAUUUUCAAAGGCCAUGCAGUCUGUGGUGGAUUCGUUCAAUAAGGAUCUGCUGGAGUUUAAUUUGAUUCUGAGAAUAGGUUUCAAUAUUGGUGAUGUGACAGCUGGUGUCAUUGGAACUAGUAAAUUGCACUAUGACAUUUGGGGAGAUGCAGUUAAUGUGGCCAGUCGAAUGGAUUCGACGGGAAUUCCGGGUAGACUUCAAGUUGGCAAAGAUUGUUUGCCAUAUUUAGAGGAUAGAUAUGAGUUUGAACCUCGCGGUGAAGUUUAUGUGAAGGGAAAAGAUCACAUGGAGGUGUUUUUGUAUAAAGGUGAAAAAUCAACCGAAUCUGCAAACAAUAAUGAGGGUGAGAGUGAAGAUUGUUAAAAUAAAAUUGUACAUAUGUACAUUGUGUCAUUGAUAACAUAAUUUAUGGUCAUUAAAAUACUGAUAAGAGGUUUUAUUUGCAGAUCAAAUCUAAAGAACCCAUAGGCGUUUUCAAGAAGAGAACCAGAACCCCACAAAAUGUUUGAGAACCAUUAUAAACUUUACAAUUUGUAAUGUUGUGGCGUUUUACAUUGUGAAAAUUGGAUUUCAGUCUAAAAAUUGAUUCUUUUUUUGAUGCGAACAAAACACACCAUUGUGUUUUUAUUUUGACAAGAACUAGCGUCACUGUAGCUGUCAAAAUUUAAUUUAAAGUUGAUGUUUUAAAUAAUUUAUUUUAUACUGAAUCGGUAUUACGUGAAACAAAAACAAUGUUCGAUAGAUUUAAAAAGUAGAGAAUACAAUCGUCUUAACGACUAUCUAUCUGAAAGAUGAAUAAUCUAUUAUGUAUGUUAACUUUGCAUGUAUUUUGCCAAAUGAAACGAUACAAAGUUAGAGCAAUGUUUUGACAUUUUGAUUUAUUGAUUUAUUUUGAAAAUUUUAAUACUAAAUAAAGACUUUUAACAAAUAUGACGUUUGUGUAUAGAUGUCAAAUUCUUGGCUUUAAGGGGUUUGUGCGAAACUUGUUAAUGUCUCCACUUCAGCUUUUUAACAGUGAUUGAGCCAAAUAAGACUUCACACAAUUAUUAUGCAUUUGUUAAGGCUGCCAGUUAAAAUUCAUUAUUCGUUGCAUCAACUUAUUGUGGCGUACAGGUAGAUGAAGUCCUCAGACAAGGACAGUGUCUGAUGGUAAACACCGAUUCUAUUAAUACCAGACCUGUACAAAAUAGACAAGAACGAACUGUCAAAAUAUGAAAGCGGACUCUCCAACUUCACAGCUGGUUCCUGUCCAGUAAAAUGUUAUCAACCAAAAUGCUCAUGAUACACUCCCCGACAUUAUUGUUAACUUUCUACAUAAAAGAAACGAAAAAUUCAAAAUAAUUAUAUUCUUAUAAAAGUAAAGAAUCAUAGCAAAAGAAUUCUUGUCAACGUGUGAUAAACUGAUAAACUAAAACGAUUGAGGGCUUUAAAAAAAAACAUAAUAUUAUUAUUACAAAACUUAUAAAAUAAAAACAAAAAUAUUUUUUAAAUGUGUGAAACAAAAAGAUAUAAGAAAAUAAAAUCCUCAAAGGUCUGUUACCUGAAAUAUUAUAUAAAUAUUAUAUUGUACAUGUUUAAAAAAAAAACAACACUUUGUUUACAUAAAUUUAUAAAUUUUCUUUUUGAUUUUCUAAUUUUAUAGCCUUAACUAAAAAAAUAAAAAUAAUAUAAUUAUAUUUACAUCUAGAAAAUACAUAAUAUACUCUUAGCCAAUAUGCGUGUAAUUUUUUGUUUGUGUAAGCUAAGUUAAGGCUUAAUUGAUUAUACAUAUAUUUAUGAAUUACAUUUUUAAAUAUUGUUAACUUAAUUUUAUUUUGAAUUUGCGCAUACACACUACUUCUUGCCUAAUUUUUAUUUUUUAAAUUACACAAUUUUGUUUUAUACAAUUGAAACGCUUACUUUAGAAAAAAAAAUGUGUAGAAUUAUUUGAUACCAAAACAGAAACUUUAUGAUUCGUUAUAUUUUGUUUUAAAUUAUUUGUAAAUAUACCUUAAAAAUAUAUAUAUUUUAAUUACAUUAUAAAUAUAGUGUCUUGACCGCAUAAAUUAUUCUUAUUUAAAAACAAAAUUAAAAUCUUACUUUAGCAUAUUGUUGAUAAAAUGUUAUUUUAAAUUAUCUACUAUUAUUAUUUUUUACUAACUAAAAAUAAUAUUAAUGUAUGUAUAUGUAUUCAUAAUGAUAUUAAUGUAAAUUUAAUACGUUUAGACUCAAUAACAACAACAACCAACAACAACAACAAAUAAAAAAUCCAUUAAAAUAAAUGUUUUUUACAUGUUAUAUUUUAUUUUAUAGAAAUAUUAUUAUUAAAAUACAACAAUAAAAUAACAAAAAAAAAAACAGAUUAAAGAGACUAAAACUAUUUUAAUUAUUAAAAAUAACACACUUGUAUUUAAAUAAGCAGAUA